AGGUUCAGCGGCUCGGGCGCUGUUGUUUGGGCCUCUCGAGGGGCGUUCUCUGGAGGGCCCCCGGCGCAGGCCGCAGUGACAGGGCCGCUCGCCCCCGCGCACCCCGCCUCUCCCGGUGCAGCGUCGCUCGCACUCCCCGCGUCCUGCAGGCCCAACAUGGCGCAGGAGGUGUCGGAGUACUUGAGCCAGAACCCGCGGGUGGCCGCCUGGGUGGAGGCCCUACGCUGCGAGGGCGAGACUGACAAACACUGGCGCCACCGCCGGGAGUUUUUGCUCCGCAAUGCCGGGGACCUGGCCCCCGCGGGCGGCGCUGCCUCCGCGACGGAGGAUGGGGCGGACGCCGAGGGCGGGACCCGCAACCGGCAGCUGCAGCAGCUUGUGUCGUUCUCCAUGGCCUGGGCCAACCAUGUCUUCCUUGGGUGCCGGUACCCUCAAAAAGUUAUGGAUAAAAUUCUUAGUAUGGCUGAAGGCAUCAAAGUGACAGAUGCUCCAAUCCAUACAACAAGAGACGAACUGGUUGCCAAGGUGAAGAAAAGAGGGAUAUCGAGUAGCAAUGAAGGGGUAGAAGAGCCAUCCAAAAAGCGAAUCAUAGAAGGAAAAAACAAUUCUGCAGUUGAGCGAGAUGGAAAAAUUUCUGCUAAAACUGAACGGACAUCAGCUCAGCAGGAAAACAGUUCAACAUGUACGGGGUCAUCCACCAAAUCGGAGAGUAGUGGGAACUCAUCUCGGAGCUCUGGCAUCUCCAGUCAGAAUAGCUCUACAAGUGAUGGAGAUCGAUCUGUUUCCAGCCAAAGUGGCAGCAGCAUUUCCUCUCAGGUAACAACAGCAGGGUCUGGAAAAGCUUCUGAAUCAGAAGCUCCAGAUAAACAUGGUUCAGCAUCACUUGUUUCUUCCUUGUUGAAAUCCAGUGUGAAUAGUCAUGUUAUUCAAUCCACUAAUUCCAGACAGCAAAGUGGAUCACCUAAAAAGAGUGCUUUGGAAAGUUCUUCGGUCUCAGCUUCUCAGAGCAGCUCAGAGAUUGAGGUGCCCUUGUUGGGCUCCUCUGGCAGCUCAGAAGUAGAGUUGCCAUUAUUAUCUUCUAAACCUAGUUCAGAGACAGCUUCAAGUGGGUUAACUUCCAAAACUAGUUCAGAGGCAAGCGUUUCAUCAUCGGUUUCUAAAAACAGUUCCUCAUCAGGCACAUCAUUACUAACUCCCAAGAGCAGCUCAACAAAUACAUCAUUGCUAACUUCCAAAAGCACUUCACAGGUAGCUGCAUCACUGUUAGCUUCCAAAAACAGCUCCCAGACCAGUGGAUCUCUGGUUUCCAAAAGCACUUCCUUAGCAGGUGUGUCCCAGCUAGCGGCUAAGAGUAGUUCUCAGAGUAGCACUUCACAGUUGCCUUCUAAAAGUACUUCACAGUCAAGUGAGAGUUCUGUCAAAUUCUCUUGUUGCAAGUUAACCAAUGAAGAUGUGAAACAGAAGCAGCCUUUCUUCAAUAGACUGUAUAAAACUGUGGCAUGGAAAUUAGUAGCAGUCGGUGGCUUUAGUCCCAAUGUGAAUCAUGGAGAGCUCCUAAAUGCAGCUAUUGAGGCUCUGAAAGCAACACUGGAUGUGUUUUUUGUCCCAUUAAAAGAACUGGCAGACCUGCCUCAAAAUAAAAGCUCUCAAGAAAGUAUUGUUUGUGAAUUAAGGUGUAAGUCUGUGUAUUUGGGCACUGGGUGUGGAAAAAGCAAAGAAAAUGCAAAAGCAGUUGCAUCAAGAGAAGCACUGAAGUUAUUUCUCAAGAAAAAGGUGGUGGUAAAAAUAUGUAAAAGGAAAUACAGAGGCAGUGAGAUAGAAGAUCUGGUACUCCUUGAUGAAGAAUCAAGACCUGUAAACUUGCCUCCAGCAUUAAAACAUCCUCAAGAAUUACUAUAAUAUGUUCAAAAUAGCACUGCACACAGUAUCUGGUAUUUGAAGAGAAAAAACUGGCUUACUUUUGUACACUAUAAAACACGGGCUUUCACAGAUUUUGUAUUGCUUUUUUCCAGUUUUGCAGAAAAUUUAAUUCUAGUUCUCUUCAUAAAAGUAGAAAUUGUAAAUAAUUUAUGAUUGACAGUACACAUUAAAAGGUAUGCACUAACAGCAUGCUAGUAUGCUGUUUUAUUUGCUGAAGAAAGUACUGUCUUCUAUUUUUAAUGAUACAUUGGGUACGAUGUGUAGUUCUGUAGUCUGAAAAUUUUUGUAAUACUUUGAAUUUGGUGAAAAUGUAUUAAGUUGUCUACCAUGGUUUUUUUUCUAGCUGAAUUAAACCAUAUCAAAGAAAAGGGGACCACAGUAUUUGAAUGUUGGAAAGUCUGUGAAACUUAAGGUUUUAAGAAUGUUACCCAUAAUGUUGAACAAGUCUUAAAGAAUAAAAGAAAAAAUAGUUGCCUCAGACUAUUUUUAUUAGAAGUUGUAAGCAUUUUUUAGAUACAAAGCAGUAUAAAGUACUUAUUGUUAUUUUAUUCUGAAGUUGUUUAAAAUUCACCAUGAUUUUCACCGCUGGUGAUUGUUUAAGCGGGUUAAUUUAUGUUUUGAGGUAAAAUGCAAUUUACACUUUUUCUUAAAGACAUAAAUGUGGGUUUCUAUAUUAAGCAUAUUUUGUGACUACUAUUAACAGAUUGAUUUGUUUAGAUAUUAAAUGCUUUAAGCUAUUUUACCUUU